GAUUUAGGAAUAAACUUUUGUAGGCAAAACAUGGAGCAAAAGAGCAAAGUCUACACCAAAACAGUAAGAAAAGAAACGACUCCAAGUGGUCUACAAGUCCAGACCCUUCUGUUGUAAAGGGUUCCUGAAAUUAAUACUAAGGAUUUUCUAACGUUUCCAAGUAAAACUGAUAUAAUGAGAGAUAAAGGAUAUAGAAAUAUAGAAACAUAUUUCCUGAUAGUUUGAAUAUUGUUGACGAUUCGAAAAUACACGAGAUUAUACACUGUAAAUCCGAGUCUCGCUCAGAUUCGUUUGACCCCGCUUACCCUAUUCAAAGCAGUGUCCUUGUUAUUGGUAAAGCCUUUUUUUAUGCAUCGGUAUGCAAUCUUCGUUGGCUUCAGUUAUCCCACCGCUGCCGUUGUUUGAGUUAGCCUCUCUGCAGUUGUUUAGAGGGUCACAUUUUGUGCAUGUAAAUCAUCGCCGCCUCCCACAUGCGUGUUUUAUUCAAAUUCACUCUUAUUUUGAGAACCGUUCGUGUUUGGGGAGGAGUCUGGCUGGGAGCUUAACUGUUUAAACUUGACGUUUGGAAAUUGAAUUGGUCGCGGGUAUUUGUGUGAGUGUGAGGAGAACAAAUCUUCAAACGUAUAUACACGCAUGCCUUGCGGUUUUUAGAUGAGGGGAUAAUGACCACUUGACACCGGACAGCAAAUCAAUUUUCAACAGUUUCUUGCAGAUGUAUUCGGAGUGUGGGACCUGAACCCCUUCAUGAUUUCCUCACUUACUCUAUGGUGCUAGGAGAAGGGCCACUCGGAACAAGAUGCCCAUUUUGUGCCCCGGUGCGGGGUCUCUUUGGAAACUUGGAAAACACACUCGUCAUGGAGGUCAACGGUCAAAGUCCCGCCAUUCAUCUGGUUCCCGACCUGUCAAGGCCAAGGGCACGCUGGCCCACACCUUCACCCAAAAACAGGUAGAUACCGGCCCUCCCAUGUCCCCUGGCAGUGCAGGAGGCGUGUAUCUCGGGCCGGAGAAGAAAGAAAGGGUUUCGUCCACCACCACCACUACUACCACAACGCCAAAGAUUUCCUCUGCCCAAGAAAAGAAACUCGCUGAAAUUCGGUCUCCCACCGACUACUAUACCGAUGGGAAUGUCGUCAUCGGCCAGGAUGUUACCAAAGACGGAGAGGAUGCCAAUCACUCGACAGAAGAUGUCGACAUCCUCCAUCCAAUGAGAGCGGAAAAGAGUUAUAAUGACACUCUAAAUCCUGAUGGAACGCUCGCAUCUAUCGUAUUCUUCGAGGAGACUUUCAUGAGUGCCAAGUUCUCUCAUCUCACCACCAGUUCCCCGGGAGGAAAGUCAGCAAACAGGUCAAGGGUAAUCGACACUACGACGGCAUCACUACACGACUGGUCAGGGUUACAAAAUAAGAGUAGUAAAGAAGUCACUGGUGUUAUUCCAUCAUGGGUGAGGCAAAGGAGAUAUCUUCCAACACUUGAUGAAGUAGACUUUGAUCAGAUUGACAUCAUCAGCCUACACAGUCUCCCGACAAAUGAAAGUCCGCAUCAGCCAUUCUCACCUAACCGUUCUAAUGGCAUGCGUCUUCAAAAUGUCGAUGAAAAAAAUGAAAAGAAGGUUAGUAAGAUCGUGAAUUCUAAAGAUGGUGUGACUCAACCUCAAUCACAUGUCAAACAUAAAUUCACAGACGAGCACACGUCAAAGGAUCAGAGAUCCGUGCUUGGUGACCUUACGAACAUUGAUAGUUCUCCAGCACAGAAACCUUCGUCUAAAAUGCCCAAUCAGAGUGCAUUCUACAAGAUACCAAAGCGCGCAUCUGCACGAGAGAGACGCUCCCGAAGAAGUCGUAGAAUAUCGAACAGCCGUAAAACGAAACCUAAUUCCUCUUCACGGGAAAGUGUGGUAAAUGCACUGGACAAACCAAACGAACAUACCUAUGUGAAUCUAGAAUACAUUGCUGGUAUAAUGACGAAUAGUCCUCCAAAAGAUGGGUCAAAGAAGAUGAAUGAAAGCAUUCACGAUUACGAAAGUGUUUGGUCGAAUUCACCGGCUAAAUCCACGGCUGAACAAAGAAGAAUGAGGAGUGUGUCAGGAGGUGGCAGCCGUCCAGGAAUGUCUUCAGUCAUUACCAGUGGCGCCAAGCAAAGUGAUAUAUUUCAUCAUGACGGACGAAGGUUAGACGGACAGAUAGCAGUUUCCAAGCUGUCUUCAAAACCUGACCUCUUUGCUGAUUUGCCCAUCGUGAGUCAAUCUCCUCGGAUGACGCCUCGCUCAACUCGCGAUAAACAAAAUGUCCAAGGUAUUCUGAAAAGUUAUAUGUUGGGAAUAAAAGAAACUGUUGAAAGAGAUGCUGUCCAUGAGAAAGAAACCAGGUCAAGUACAUCCUCGUGGGAAAGCGCUACCAAUAGUCACUCGACCGAGGGUGAAGAGUGUGCCGCCAUUUUGUCGAGAGGUGCUCAAAUCAAUCCCUCCCAUCAGAACCCGCCAUCAAGAACUAUUAAACAGAGCAAACCGGUUGAGAGGCAAGGUGGUAGUUCUAACGAUUUCAUAGGCAGGAACGCUGGUGUUCGAAAUAUCAAUCGUCGGAAUCGAAACGAGGGAAUUUAUUACGUUACUAAAGACUCGGAACGGAGAUUGGUAGAAUCUCCCUCUUUUGCAGACAAUGCAGUCAGAAAAGCUCGAAUUGUGAGGACAAACAGCACAGAGGAAAGUUCAAGGGAAGUACCGGAUGUUCCAUCGAUGCCGAAGACUCAAAAUAAGGACAUCGACUUUAAGUCGAAGAAGUCAUCUCAUAUAGAUUACAGACGUUCCCUGCCAGCCACAUCAACGGUGGCUAGUCGGAGUCCCCCAAAGACACCACAACGUCGCUCCACUACGAAUGUUCGCGCGGUCGAGACAAAGCUUUCCCAGAAGCAGAACCGUAAGAUCCGCCGAACAGUAGAAGAAGAUGAUAUCUUGGAGGCGAUGUUGGUACAAGAUCAAUGUGAGUCGUCAGCAAAGAAAAAUAGUGUGGUAAAGGCAAAGGAUAGGAGUUCCGAGUCUGGGAAAACUUUGCCCGGUGACCCGUGUGUCAAGGAUGAAAUGAGCCGUGUUCAAAAGAUCAUUGAGGACUGGAAUAAAAACUCGAAGAGCAUUGCCCGAAGACACUAUGCAGGCGGUCACAUUCACACAUCUGCGAAUGGCCCUCGAGAGCAGAAGAUCCCUCAACAGCCUGUAUCUUGGGACAGAGAACAAGUUGGCAACGCCGGAGUGAGGUGGAUCAAAGGAGCCAGGAGAGCUGAACAAGACAUCCAGGCCGGAAGCUUCCCCCAGAAUGACCCCAGAGCAUUGCGAACUGAAGUGAAUAAAAGUUCGGUUCGUCGAAUCCCAACCGGGUAUUCAUCGCUUCCCAGGCCGCACGGCCACAGAAUGACGUCACCCAGUGUCACAGAAGUAUACGUCACCACGCAGGCUUAUACCCCAGGCGAAGUGGACGAAGUUGAAGCACAGCGUGGGGAGAUUGUGGUUGUAAACUCUGCUAUGCAGCGGGAAAACGACUGGAUGUGGGUCUACGUUCCACGCACUGAUCAAUUCGGUUACCUGCCUGCAUUUUCCGCUCGCCCUCUGGAGUUUCAAGUCAAUGAGGUUUGAAGCUGGUACAUGAUAACAUACAAAUUGAAACUCCUAACCCUUGAAUUAUUUCGGGGAAAAUCUCCUUUCGAAAACAGUAAAAGGUGGAAUGCAUGACGUUUCUAUAGCAACGGGAAAUUUCCCAAGAUAAUUUUUCUCAUCUCUUUCUUGCCUUGUUUGUGAAUUAUGAUAUGAAAUUCAAAAUAAAUUUCAGAACUAUAAAUAUUUGGGAGAAUGGUUUAUUGUUAUUUCAAAGUAUUAUUUCUAUAUACAUUUUUUUCUUCAGAAUAUACAAUAUUUUUAUGUCAAGGGUAAUAUGAGGAGUGAACAUAUUAUUUAUAAAAGUUAUAGAAGACUGUGCUCGUCUUUUAUGUUUUUGUUUUUCUCUCAAUGAAAGUAGAAAGUUGUGGAAAUUCUUAAACUAAUAUGUGGUGCACUCUACCGCACAUACGUUACCGAAGAAUUAGAGAAACAAACAAAAUGUAAAAUAAGCAAAUGUAAAAUAAAUAAAUUAUUCACAAGCGAUUACUAUAUUAAUCUAAUGCUUAAGAUAAUCUAUGCAACUCAACUAGUAUUAUAGUGUGUAUUUCAAAUGCGUUUUAUUUUUCUACUUACUAUGCAAAACAAUUAUUUCUUUUUAAAUAGUUUUUCAUUACCAAAUCAAAUGUUAUAAUAGAAUAGUAUAUUUAGUGACGAGUCUAACGAAAAUAUGGAUAUAAUUAACAUCUGUUAGAUUUGAAUAGGCCUGCAUAGGUAUGAUGACAAAUAAUUUAUCAAUUCUGAUCCUGGAGGAUGCUCUGUAUCUAUGCAUAAAUUACCAAAUGCUGAAUUUCGUCACCAUCAUGAAUUGCAAUCGUCAAAAUAUAUAUUCUUAAUGAUCCACAUGUUCAUCAGUAAGAUAAUAAUUUCUCAUGUGUAUCGAUACUGUCAAAACUCGGGCAAACAGUAAACAUUAAAACAGUAACAGGAAUGAUCAUUGUUCAAUUGAUCUAAAAGCCAAAAUUUAUAUCCAAAUGAAUUACAUUAUUGCAAUACCAUUAGUCAAUGUCGAUCGUUUUCAACUUAGGGAUUUUUUUUGACAUAAAGCCCGUGUCACAUGCUAUGCGAUCUGGUGCGACGCGAUUUUUCAAGAAAUCGCAUUUUGAAAGUUCCAAGAAGUAAAAUUAUUUUAUUUAAAGUUUGGCAUAAUGUUAGGAAAACUAAAAUAACAUUUUACUUUGUGGCAAGCCCUAUGGUCGGAGUAAAGUCCAAAUCGGCUUCAAGUCGCAGCAGAUGAUGAUGUCAUUACGAUUUGGAAUUGAAUUUGUUUUUAUACAUUUAGGGAGGCUCUAAAUGGACUGAAUUUCGAUUUCAGUAGUCCUACCACUAUUCUGAACUCUGAUCCGUAAGAUUUUAUUAGUUGGAAUAUCCAUAUCAAUGUUAUCACAAUUAAUUUGAAAUUCGGAUCCCGAUAAAGGAAUCGCAUACUUGUAGUGUGAGACGGGCUUUAGGCUCCAGCAAUAUAUAUAUAUAUUUUAUUUAUUACUAUACCACAUUAUCCCCUAGGACUAAACCACGGACGAUAAUUUCUCUGACGAUAAUUGCUCCAACGGCACAAAUACUGGAGUCAGAAACUAUGUGGUCAGCUCGAAGAAAUAUAAUGAUAAUAAUACUGCGCUUUUAUAAGAACGAUUUUGAAAACUCGCACCCCAAUGCUGCUCUGAAAACACAUAUCAAAAGUGCAACUUUUCUGGUUUUGGAGUAUCUUUGUACGUGCACCUUUCAUAUUUGAAAGGUGCAACUUUGCACCGUUAGAGAAGCGAAGCUACCAUUAUGAUUUGCUAAAGAUACGAAGUUCAUUUUCAUUCUUCAAAUGUGUAGCGGUUACCUUCAUUUUCAUAACCCGUGAAUGUGGAUAAGAUGAAACCAUACACGUGAGAUCAUUGUGUCAUCGCAUUGAUAAUUAUAAGAUCAGAACUUUCUAAUUCAUUUUGCGAUAUACCCCUUUAUGUUGAUAUCCAAUUUCCCAGUAUUUAAAGAAAACUUUCGUUAAAAAAAAAUCAUUAUUUGUGUUGACUUCGUAUCAACUUUCUAAUCUAAAAUACCACUGUCGAAACAAUUUCUUGGGACAUGAAUUUUUUUCCUACCCGAUGAUUUUAUUUUAAUGUAGAUUAUCGCUUUAAGUAAAUAUAUCAUGUAAGGUGUCAUAAUACAUGUAUCAUACUAUAUUUUUGUAUAUCGAAUCAUAUUUUAUUGGAACAUUAUUAUCAAUAUUAUCAAUGCUGGGAAUUCGAGCUAGAAAUGUUAUUGCGAGUACUAGUAUAUUAAACUCAACACGCCAUAGCACAAACAUUA